GGCUCUGGCUGCGCACGUCAGGACUUUGGGAUUCAGCUGCAGGGAAGAGGAUGAUGCUCGUGCAUGUGUGCUGACAGGAGAUAUUAUCCUCUCUCGUCCUCCGACCGCAAAACUAAAAGCCGAGGAGGCAGUGUGAGCGAGGAGCCUCACGUGUCGGUGGAGGAGAGAGGAGGAGGAGGUGCUGCUGAGCGCCUGUUGGCGGAGGGAUGCUGCUGCUGCUGCUCUGGGAUCAGUGUGGCGCAUGAAGAAGCAGGAGCCCGCAACAGUCAGAGUUGAGUCGGGAGGAGAGAACAGGGAAGCCAGCGAUGAGUUCCUUCAGCACCCGGGCUCUGACGCUGCUCUCCUCGGUGUUCGGCGCCUGCGGCCUGCUGCUGGUGGGCGUGGCCGUGUCCACGGACUACUGGCUGCUGAUGGAGGAGGGGAUCAUCCUGCAGCAGAACCAGACCACCGAGGUGAAGAUGGCGCUGCACUCCGGCCUGUGGAGGGUCUGCUUCGUGGCAGGUCCGGAGAAGGGCCGAUGUGUGGCGUCGGAGUAUUUCACCGAGCCAGAGAUCGAGAUCACGACAGAAAACACGGCCAACAUCCUCAAAAUGGUCCGGACCGCCACCCCCUUCCCGAUGGUCUCUCUGCUCUUCGUCUUCACCGCCUUCGUCAUCAGCAACAUCGGACACAUCCGGCCUCAGCGCACCAUCCUGGCCUUCGUGUCGGGGAUCUUCUUCAUCCUGUCAGGCCUCAGUCUGGUGGUGGGUCUGGUCUUGUACAUCUCCAGCAUCAAUGACGAGGUGAUGAACCGACCCAGAGAACCAGAGGGCUUCUUCCACUACCGCUACGGCUGGUCGUUCGCCUUCGCUGCCUCCUCCUUCCUGCUCAAAGAGGGCGCGGGGGUCAUGUCCGUCUACCUCUUCAUGAAGCGUUAUGCUGAGGAGGAGCUGUACCGGCCCCACCCGGCUCUCUACCGCCCCCGCAUGUCCGACUGCAGCGACUACAGCGGCCAGUUCCUCCACCCGGACUCCUGGCCUCCUCCUCAGCGGGGGCGCAGCGCCUCCGACGUCUCCUCCGACAUCUCCAUCCAGCUCAACGAGACUCCGCCCCCGCAGGCGCCUCCCAAGGGCGGCAGCACCUCCCACCCGACGCCCUCCUCCUCCGGGCCUUCGUCCGCGGCCAGCUACCAGCUCCAGCAGGCCUCCUCCUCCUCCACCUCCUCCUCCUAUCCACACCCCCUUCACCCGGGCUCCACCCUGCCCAGGUCCUCCCACGCCCACGCCCACGGUCACCCGCACCCCCACCCCAGUGGGCCCCCGUCCCAGUCCCUGCCCAUGGGGGUGCCACCCGCAGCCGUGCUUCCCCCCCGCUAUCACACGCACAUGCGGAUGAGCGCCUCGCCGUGCUAGGCUCCAGACGCAGGGAAGGGUAACACAAAGAGG